CGUGAUCUAUUUAUUGGUAACAAUGGUAAUAUGAUCGUAUAAAAUAUUACCGUUGACGCCAAGUCAACGUGGACAGUAACGACACUAGUAGCACGAUGAAUAGGCUCGUGUUAAUCGUUUUCGCGGUGUUCACCGUUUCUGUAGCAUAUUUGAACCUUGCUGAAUCAUCAGGCGACUUAGAUAUACACAAAGUCGAAGUACCGGAUGAAAUAGAAGAAGAUGGGGAAGCCGCGGAUAAAGUUGCAUCCGCACAAGGGAAUGCAAUAGCUAUGAACAACUUUAACAGGGGUAGACCUCAACCGCAAGUUCCAGUCCAACAGAACACAAGACCUGCACAAAUUGUGAUAGACGUAGUGGAAUGCUUCGUCUGUACUGAUUGUCCAAAGAUAUACGAGAAUACAACAUCGAAAUUAUGUCCGCAUACACUUGAUGUUACAAGACAGAACAAAUGUGUCGUAUAUGCAGAGAAAUAUAAACACAUGAAGAGAUCAUGGUACAUCCGUGGCUGUGCUUCAGAGAGAGGUUCCUGUGAAGACAUCAGGAAGGCUCACGCCGCACAUGGAGAUAUUGUUCAGUUAUUACAUUGUCGUGAAUGUGAUGGUAACAAAUGCAAUACGAACAGUGGUUUCCGAUCCAUUUCUGAUAUUACUCUAGCUCUGUUCGCUGUAAUUGUAAGUCCUAUCGCUGUUAAAUAUACUGUUUCUUAAAUAUUUUAUAAAAUACGCUAUUGCUUCAAACUCAAAGUAUAGAAAAUUCGAACUAUUUUAUGUUUCAUG